AGGGUUUAGAAUUCAACUGCAGGGGGACGAGAAGAUACACCGGAGGGACCAAUGGCAGAGAACUCCGCGCCACCCGCCGAUCAACUGGCCGCCGCCACUUUGAACGACGAUGCUCCGACUUACAAGGCUCUCAAAGCCGAAUUCUCCGACCGCGUUCCGAUCCGCUCAAUCGUUUCUCGGCCAGACGGCGGCGCAGGACUCGCCGGCCAGAAGGUUCGGGUCGGCGGCUGGGUUAAAACGGGAAGGAAGGCCGACAAGGACGCUUUUGCCUUUCUGGAGUUGAACGACGGCUCUUGCCCGCAGAAUCUCCAAGUGAUCAUCGAAGCGGCUGUGGCGGAUCUUGGACAGAUUGUCCCCACUGGAACCUGCGUUGUUGUCGACGGAGUUUUCAAGCUUCCUCCGCCGGGUAAGCAACAGAAAGUUGAGCUUCGUGCCGAGGCUGUGGUCCAUGUAGGUCCGGUUGAUCCUGCGCGGUAUCCUUUGCCCAAGACGAAGCUCACUCUCGAGUUUCUGAGAGAUGUCGUCCAUCUCCGCCCAAGAACCAACACGAUAUCUGCGGUUGCUAGAAUUCGAAAUGCACUUGCUUAUGCCACUCACACAUUCUUUAACAAGCAUGGGUUCCUUUAUAUUCACACGCCGAUUGUCACCACGAGCGAUUGUGAGGGUGCGGGCGAAAUGUUUCAAGUUACCACUCUGUUGAGCGAGGCUGAAAAGUUAGAAAAGGAGUUGAUUAAAAAUCCACCACCGUCAGAAGCAGAUGUAGAAGCAGCAAGGAAAAUUGUUAAGGAGAAAGGAGAAGAUGUUGCUAAGUUGAAGGCAGCGAAGGCCAGUAAGGAGGAAAUUGGUGCUUCUGUUUUGGAACUUAAGAAAGCAAAGGAGAACGUUGCAAGGUUAGAGGAGAGAUCGAAGCUUAAACCGGGCAUUCCGGAGAAAGAUGGAAAAGUCGACUAUGGACGAGAUUUCUUUGCUCGGCAAGCAUUUUUGACUGUUUCUGGCCAGCUGCAAGUUGAAACUUAUGCCUGCGCGCUUAGCAGUGUGUACACCUUUGGACCAACCUUCCGUGCCGAAAACUCUCACACCUCAAGGCAUCUGGCAGAAUUCUGGAUGGUUGAGCCUGAGAUUGCAUUUGCAGAUUUGCAGGACGAUAUGAAUUGUGCGGAAGCAUAUGUGAGAUUUCUGUGUCAGUGGUUACUUGACAACUGCCUGGAUGACAUGAAAUUUAUGGCUGACAAGUAUGACCGAACAUGUAUUGAUCGUCUCAAAAUGGUCUCUUCAACCCCUUUCGUUCGAAUUUCCUAUACUGAAGCUGUUGAAAUACUCGAGGAAGCGGUGAAGAAGGGUAAAGUGUUUGAGAACAAAGUGGAGUGGGGGAUUGAUUUAGCUUCUGAGCAUGAAAGAUACUUGACUGAGGUAGAAUUUAAAAAGCCUGUCAUUGUCUACAAUUAUCCGAAAGGAAUCAAAGCAUUCUAUAUGAGGCUCAAUGAUGAUUCAAAGACUGUAGCUGCAAUGGAUGUUCUUGUACCAAAGGUUGGGGAGUUGGUUGGUGGAAGCCAAAGGGAGGAGCGUUACGAGGUUAUUCGCGACAGGAUCAAGGAGAUGGAUCUGCCACUCGAACCAUAUGAAUGGUAUCUCGAUCUGAGACGAUAUGGGACAGUCAAGCAUAGUGGUUUUGGUCUCGGCUUCGAGCGGAUGCUUCUUUUUGCCACUGGAAUCGACAACAUUAGAGAUGUUAUCCCGUUCCCCAGAUAUCCAGGGCGAGCAGACCUAUGAUAUUAAUACAGAGAUAUGUGACAAACACAAGUUCUUAGGUUUCUCCACUCUCCUGACGAAACUAAACAACCUUUAAAUGAAGAGAUUUGAUUGUUUGUAUUAUAUUAUCUUUCUAAAUUGAUGGGUUUUUGUUGAUUCUCAAAAUUUUUGGACUAGUGGGUUUAUUUUUUAUAGCAGACUAUUGCAAUUGAAAUAACUUUGAUGGGUUUCUUGUCAUAGAUAUUGAUACUGACAGCUUUUAAUUUGUUUCUGAAGAUGAAGACUGAAUCAAUUUUCCAUUAUGGAAGAGGACAUACGAGGAAAAUUUUCUGGUAUUAA